AACCGCCAGCGACAUUACCCGCAUCGGUCUGUGCAUGCUGAGCUGACUGGGAGGAGGUGGGAUCUAGCCAAGGUUUACGUGCGAGCCGUGCAGAUUGCCAACCACGACUUCCACUGCCAACGAAGGAUUUUUUAUCGAGAGGAAAUCGUUACUACGAGGAAGCCCCCCCCCCCCCCCUCCCCUUGGUGGGACCCCUCCCCUCCCUGCCAACAACAUACAUUUAUCCACCACCUUCUUUAUUUAUCGUCGUUUUUUUGUUUUUGUUUUUGCCUGUGCUUCCCACUCAGCGAGGUCCCCGUUGACCACAGCCUCUUCACCACCGUUAACAUCACAGGCUGUGUGAUGAGGUCGCCCUGCAGCUGGGCUUUGGUUACGCGAAGAUAAGGCGGUGCAUGUUGCCAGUUUCAGUUUGGGUCAACUUUGUCGCUUUUUUAAAGCCCUUCUUGCACCCCGAGUGUGUGAAGAAAUACCCAGCAGAAGAACACAGCUACUAUUGGGACUGAGGGAACUGCCGACUAUCCAUGAGCUCCGAUUUCCCUCACUACAGUUUCAGGAUGCCAAAUAUAGGGUUCCAGAAUCUUCCCCUUAAUAUCUACAUUGUGGUGUUUGGGACAGCCAUCUUUGUCUUCAUCCUCAGCCUCCUCUUCUGCUGCUACUUAAUAAGGUUACGGCACCAGGCGCACAAAGAGCUAUAUGCAUACAAACAAGUCAUUCAGAAGGAAAAAGUCAAAGAGCUAAAUUUGCAUGAGAUUUGUGCAGUGUGCUUGGAGGAGUUCAAACAGAAAGACGAGCUGGGGAUUUGUCCGUGCAAACAUGCCUUCCAUAGGAAGUGCCUCAUUAAGUGGUUGGAGGUGAGGAAAGUGUGUCCGCUGUGCAACAUGCCCGUCCUGCAGCUCGCCCAGCAGGCCGGCAGCACGGACGCUCCUGUGCCAAUACAGCAGCCUCUACCCGGCAUCGAGAACCUGGUGUAGCAGACUCGAAACCUCUCUUAUAGUACACGACAAACACACACAAAUACACAUCCCGUCACUCAUACUCUCACUUGUACAGGUACACCUUUGGUAUGAGUCUGUGUGCAGAGCGGAGAAACAGGGGUUCAUGUGCAGAUACCCACGAGAACUGUGACUCUUCAGCCAUCGUCUCUUAUUCUUGCAUUGGUUCACAAAAGGUUUCCUUAUAUCAGUUCUAACUGAUAAUCAACUGUAUUAAUGUUUUGGUUUUUUUUCGCGGGCAAUGAAGAAUAGUGAUGGAUAAUAGAAGUUUCCUUCUUGACCAAGACGUGGUCGAUAACUUUUUCUCAACCAAAGCACUUUUCUGGGGACACCAGCUUAAGACCAGGAGGAAAAAAACACAAAAGCCAAGAACUACAGUACACUAAAAUAUAAAUUGUUUAACUUUUUUUUUUUAACAAGCACUUUACGAUAAGGCAAACCUUAAUUGCUUGUGAUCCUAGUAGCAAGGUUAUGUUUUAUAUUGUAUCAUUAACUAUUAUUCUAUGUACAGUACAAAGCCACAUGGGCUUUGAUUUUUAAUAAGUAAACUAGUAAACUUUGAUUUGUAAAAAAAUAUAUCUGAAAGGCACAACAAAACCUGUCAGUAGAUAGAUGUCAGGAAAUUUGGACAGUGCUUUAGUUGUAAUUGCGCACACACAUGACAAAUUAAGGUCAAAGCAACCUAAAUGUGAAAGGUUUGAAUGUGUUGAAACAGAAUUCUUCACACUGAGCCUAUAGAAAUGUUUUCCCUCAUUGAUGCCCUGUUUGUCAUUCAUUACAAUGUGACUGUUGUCGUUAUCCUUUGUUAUUAUUCUGUCAAUACAGGAAGGUGAUACAGUGAACAAAUUAUCUUUUUUAUGAAAGGAAUACACAGAGACAUCCACCAUAAACGAGUGCAGGCUAUAUCCUGUUAUCCCAGGUAUUACUCAAAAAAACGAUUCAGGAUAUCUCCAACGGGAAUCACAGUUACAAAGCAACUGCUCCAACUACUGUGAUUAUUUAAACCGGUGUAAAACCUGGUGCUUUAUCUAAAAAAAAACUAUUUUACAGAACAAACACCAGUAAUAAGGCAAUGUUAAACAAAGAUCUAAACACGUAACGUAAAUAUUUCAGUUUUAUUUUGUUCUGCUGCAUCAUUUUGUUUUAUUGAAGCCGUUCUGUGUGAAUGUCACAGUGGCUUGCUUCAGAUUAGGGCUGAGACAUUUCUGAAAACAAAACAACAGAUGUCAAAAAGUCAUGUUGAUUAAUCUUAAACUAGCAUCAUAUAUAUCCUGCUAGAAUAGGUCAAUACCUCAAUUUUGGAAGAGGGCAGGAUGAAGCGGGCUUUUGCCUUCUUUGCUGUUCAUCUCCUAUUUAAAAUGCUCUGCAUACACAGUUGCAGUUACUUUUGCUUCUAUCCAAGUAGAGUAUUUGUAUUUAUUUUUUAAUUUAUUAUAAUUUCUAGGUACAGCUGCAUAGAGUGAAUGAGUAAGUGGAUUGACACCUGCAUCAGAAUGACUGCCCUCAGCAGAUAAUCAGCAUAUCUAUUUGGUCAAGAAAUACACACUACAUGCACAAAGGGAGGGGCUUGAGCUGCCCCCAUGGACGGGUUGCCAGAGAGUCAGUGGUCAGCAGGUUGUAAUGAAGCAGCAUUUUCAUUCAUGCACACACACACAGGCACACAAAGGGUAGCUCUGCUUUGUGACUGCAGUAUUCUGGUGCUUUCGCCGCUCUCCCUCUUUCUAUACGGUACAGGAUGCUUUUUGUUUUGUGCCACACAUACAGUAACUCUAAGUCGUACCAGCUUUUGUGGUUAUGUUUUUGUCCUCAUCCCUUGUUAGCUGCAUUUGGUAAAUGGGUUGUGCGACAAUGUGCUGAUCUGAAAACGGCAGCUGAAAAAAAAACUUGUGUCAAAAGUGAUGGACUUUGGAUAAGUUGGAGAUUUCCUUUACUGUGAUAUUGUCAAAUGACAAUACAUUCUCACUAUAGGCACAGUCCCUGAUCCAAUUGUAAACAAAAGAAUAGUCCCACCAUGAAAAAAUGUAAACUGACACAAUGAAAUACAUUAGACAGCAAUUAGAUCACAUUUUUCAAUGUCUUUGGUGCUAUAAAAAGGUUUGUUUACAUGUUGUUUUAUGUUUACAAACAUUAUUGAUGGAAACAGGCUUAUAUUCUGAAUUCAAGUUGGUUUAGAAACACACCAAAACCCAAUUACUAUUUAACUCAAAUAUAUUUUGGAAUAUACUUAUAAUUAAGCUAAAAAAAACAUUGAUUGUGCCUUUAAAAACUCAAAAUUUGCUUUUAGACUUUGUUCUCCAACAGCAAACAGUCUCACAGGUUCCCAACACAUGGACGUUUUUAAAAGUGACAAUGUGCUUUUAUGGCAGGAACGCUUUGUUACCCUUCCUCUGUGUUUUCAAUGUUUCAUCUCUGCUGAAUGCCUGCCCACACCUCACAGCGAUGGAUCAGAGCACGCAGCAAGGUGAAAAUGUCAACUGUUAGACGAGAGCAAAAGCAGGAUUUCAUGAUCCUGUAUGUAGCGUAUUAGUCGGUUGUCCCAUGCCCUUAUCGAAGUCCAGUCCUCCGACAUAAAUGCAACGCAUUGCCUCCACUGACGAGAAAGUGUUAACAUUUUAAAGCGACUCGGAUUUAAAGAAACAUAUUGUUCACAUUAGCGUUAUUUGAACAAAAACUGCCACAAUUAUAAAAACAAGACGAGGGCUGUGUUAAUUGGCAAUUUCAAACCCACAGUGUAUUAAUGAUUAACUUUGUGAUCAGACAAUAAUUUAUAUUGCCUGUUAGUGAAGAGGUGUUGGCGUCAUCAUUGUUACAUGUAUGUAGACAGUAGUAGUGUAGUUAUACAUAAGGUGCACUAAAAUUGCUCCUUCAUGAACCAAAUGGCAGCCGAACACUUCCUGCCAUUUGGCCAUCUUAAGUGUUGUGUUUGAUUGUAAACACUUUUAGCCUUUCCACCAGACUUCCCCGUUUCCUUCCUGUGUGCCGUCAUAAUCCCGCUGAAAACAAAGUGCCAAUCCAAAAUGAACUGUUGUGAAUCAAAGCCCCAGUCAGUAAGAAAUAAUGUUUUGCAUUUUUAAAGCAAAGGAGAAAGGGUGCAGUCUUCGUCACAUUGUGGCCAAAAGAGAAUGGAAACUGAGUCAGCCAUGAAUAUAAUAGAUGAAUAUAAGAAAUGGCUUCCCGCCACUGAAAUCAUUGACGUCAGUGCUGCUUCUGAGUUAUCUCCAUUAUAAAUAGACAAGACACAAUGAGAUGAAGUAUCAGUCGGGGACACCACUUCACAUCAGAAAUUGACUGAUACUCAAGAGUAGAGAGCGUCACAAGGCCAUUUAUAUGAUUGUGCCUUUCAGUGCACAAUAUUUGAUGGCAGUGUUCUGUAAGAAUAUGAAAAAACUCUCCUGUUUUAUUAAAAGAAAUGUGGUACCAACAUCCUCUAUAGAUGAAGGGUUUAAUUAUAUUUCCAUGGUUGGUUUUAGCAACCAGACCAUUUAAUCAGUUUUUUAAUCUCUAUCACUGCCGCCCUGAAGUCGACUUUCCUCUUGUUUUUAUGGUGUUAUUUAUUCCUCCGAGGCUCUUGUCGUGCCGUUCCAAGUCACAAAUAACUUCCUCGCUCUUUGUCCAAACAGACCCUGCUACCUUUACCAGUGUACCCAAGCACCACUCCCCUACCCACACACCCUUUUUUGUUAACACUGAUUACGUUUGUGGACCCUCACAGACAUUGUUUGUAAAACUAAGAAUUCUGCAGCAGAAUAUUUUUGGAGACAAUUUGCUGUACAGUAUUUGUAAGCUCUAUUUUUGUAUAUUGCUAUUUUGGAGAAAAUAAUAUGCAUUUCUUUUUUCUUUUCUUGUUUUUGCUAAUUUCAUGUUUAUUCAUUUUAAGAAAAUGUUGCAUGUGACUGACUUGAACUGUAAAUAAAAUGUCCAAGUUUUGGAAAGAUUUGGGUGUUUA